AUGAGUGAAUUGCUUCCUCCGCCACCAGCUUAUGAUGAAAUCGCCAACACUUUAACACCUAAAAAUCCUAAUCCAAAUUGGCGAGCAUGGUAUAGAAACUUGAUUGCAUUAAAAUUUACUGAGCAAGAAGCGGAUGAAUAUACAAAAUUAUUUAUAACAAAUGAAAUUGAUAUUAGUAUGAUUCCUGAACUUACUGAUAAUAUUCUUCGAACGAUUGGAAUCGAUAAAGCUGGACAUCGUAUUCGAAUUUUACGUCUUCAAAACAAAGGUUCUAGUCCAACACCACCAGCACGUCCAACAAACGUUGCUCCUCAAACUGCAAUUAUUCCACGAUGUACUUGGCAUCGAAAUGUAGUGGCUAAUGAAAAAUGUUGUAGAUGUAAACGACUUGUGUGUUUAAAUUGUCGUCGAGAAAAAUCAGGCGAUGGUGGUCGACGAUAUUAUUGUCAAGAAUGUUAUGAUGAGUGUACAAUUCUUUGA